GCCCAGUAGGGGGCUCCGUCCGCCGCGCACCACUUUCUUCCCUUCUCUUCGUCCUGCGAUUAAAUACGUCGUUUCCGCUCACCAAAACCCUAAAUCCCGUUCCUUUUUGUCGAUUCGGCCGAUCAGCGACGGAGGAUGUCGGGGGCUGGAAACGAAGAAGACAAGAAGCCGGUGGAUCAGGCGGCGCACAUCAAUCUCAAGGUCAAAGGGCAGGAUGGAAAUGAAGUCUUCUUCCGGAUCAAGCGCAGCACUCAGCUGAAGAAACUCAUGAAUGCCUACUGUGAUCGCCAAUCUGUGGAUUUCAAUUCCAUUGCUUUCCUGUUUGAUGGCCGUCGGCUCCGUGGUGAGCAGACUCCAGAAGAACUUGAUAUGGAAGAUGGUGACGAGAUCGACGCCAUGCUGCAUCAAACUGGAGGUGGCCUUCAACCGUAGAGGACCAUUUUGGUUCUUGAUUUUGCUAAUAAUAAUUAUGACUCUGUAAACUAAAAUGGUGGACCAAAUGCAUAUAUUUGCUAGCUACAUGUUUUACUUGCUCAAGUCAAGUGUAAUGAUGGUGAAGCUUCAAUUACUGGUACCAUGUUACUAGCGCACUCCUAA